AGAUCAUCGUUACCUAGCCUAUCCUCACAUGCACCAGUCAUUGAAACUAAUGGAGCCACGGGCUUUACGACGAACGCAUGAGAGGGUGCUCUCUAUUCGAUCCGCUACUGGGUCUUCCGUCAGCCAGCGUUCUAUCGAAGCAGGGGUCUUUGAUGAUUUUCUCAUUGCCGGUCGUUUUACUAACCCUGUAGAUGGGAUGUCGUCAUUCACCAACACCACCUCAGACCCUCUUCAUGCGGUUUCCGAUUCGCCAACUGCGUCCGACGUCUGUAUUCUAACUGAUUCUGCAUUGCCGGGCAUUGACCUACCCAUGAACAUUGCUGAUCAUGGGUCAGAGUUGACGCUUGGAGUGCCUUUUGCAAAUUUACACCAACUGGACCCAGCCAGUCCCUCUUUGGCUGACGGGGCUUGCGUUUUGGGUCAAGCUCAAAAGAGCCGUCAAUUCCAAAUGGAUUCUUGGUCCGUUUUGCGUGCUACAGCUCCAUGGAAAGAGUUCAUAUCGGAUGUGACUUUUCAUCCAUCCCUGUUCGUUGAGAGUUCCCAUGGAGGCUCCACUUCUGAUGCUUUCGAUUUUAAAUUUCCUGCGAGGCGACCACUCCGACCGCGCAGGCGACGUUCACGAGGUAAACCAUUGAACUCGAUGAUUCAACCUAGCUUGGCCAGACUGAGCGAGGAAGGGUCUUCGGUGUCGUCCUCUCCUGUUAUUUCUUCCAGUGUAUCGGUUGACAACGCUGAGACUGAUGGUAUUCCUUUUUCUUUCGUUCCCGCUUCGCUUCUUAGUUCUGAUAGGAGGAUGGCCAGCAGUUACCUGUUGGCUGAGUGUUUGACUAGGAUAGGUACACAAAAUGACUUACCCACGUUGAACAGGUCUAAUCACAACAGCGCCAUUGAUGGGCAAGUGGAGCAUUUAAUGGAUCAUUCCCUUUGCUACUAUCAUCCUCCCGAUGUGCGACAGUUGCCAAUAUCGCUCCCAGUUUGUUCUUCCAAUCAUCUGCCAUUGGUCUUAUCAUCCUCUUGUGUCACGGAAACAAACUCCAUUGUACACGAUCUCAUCCUGCCGAUCGACAGAGUAUCCUCCAUGUCGUGUCUACAACCCAUGCUUUCGUUUCGAACAGUACCAUCCGACUUCCACGUAUCCGUCCGCUUCGCCAUCCACGAGCCAUCGAUCGUCCCAUCACCACUGACGUCCUUCUGUGCAUUACCCAGCGCUACCCAUACCGUCUCGUCUUCUAUCGUGAAUGCUAUUUUCUCUGGUCAUACGUUGGACGGAGAGUCGGCCAUGUUUCCCAAUUUGAGGGCUCCAUUGGCCCGUCCUGAAUCCGUGGCCACUCCAGAAAGCUUUUUACCCAAGGGGGAUGACCACAGUGACGUGAAUGUUAUUAAACAUGCAUAUGACGAUGCCACUGCGCUUUCAGUCCUGUCACUAAGUGGUCUCGAGUGGAAAAAACUUCAGCAGAUGAAAAUUCUUUCAAGAUAUCGUACCAGUGGUCAAGUGGUAUCGCACUCAUCCUCAGACAUGGAAGAACCUCGGUAUAUGAAACCUGGUUUUCGCCGUCGCCGCCAUCGCUGCCUUACUGUUUUGUCAUGCGUCACAUCACAUCCUUCACGAAAACGUUGGCGAUCCGGGAAGUUCGAGGAGGAGUCAAAGAAUGUUGAAACUGAGGCUCAGUGCACACGAGUUCCCGUCGAUCUUGACGCAGUGGUUACGACCGUCAACAGUAUUGAUCUUCCGGACCACACGGCAGCAUUGAAGUCGCAAAAGACGUAUAGUCAACCAGUUUCUACCUCCCUGGUGUCUGGAGCAAUUACAUCCCACAUCAUUAGCAUGGCAUCAGCUGUACCUUGCACAUCGUCUGGUGUCUUCGAGCCACUUGGUCGCGGUCGUUCAAAAGGUGUGAAGACAGUCGAAGGUGGAAUUUCGACACAAUGCCUGUUACGUGCUAAUGGAUUGGUCCUUGAUUACCUACCCCCCGUAUUUGCGGAAUUGGAUGUGCUCACUUGUGCAUCUACUGAAGGCACCGGAUCUGAAGGACAACACGUGCCACCGGAUGUUAGUGGGAUACAUCCCGAAGCUUCUUUCUAUGAAUUUCAAUGGCUAGAGGCUGCUCGUUGGGUGCAGUACGAGGAGGAUUUUGACCCACUUACUGGGGAUUUCGGUCAAGCACAUAGUCCACUGCUGAUGUUUCACGCGGUGGUCGAAUGUCUCCGGUACUUGGAGCGUGGUGUCGUAUUGCUGCCUUUCGACUCAUCUGUCUCGCGCACGAGCACCGAGUCAUCGGAUACGGUCCGCGUGGGUGAGGACUAUCUCUUCUCCAUCGAACUUGAGGCUGCACUCGAUUCUCUGCUUACGCAUUGUGAUGCCAGUCUGUCCGAGGUGGCUCUGAUUCGUCGCGUUCUUCAGCUUCACCACUCGCACAAGUGCGAAUUGCGUCAAAAACAACGUUCCGGUAGACCACUUUCUUACAUCCGUGCCCGUUGUGAUUCGGUGUGAGCACGUUACUAAUCUCUUCAUCUAUUUGUACUUAAUCACAAGUGUGCUGAUUCAUCACCUCCGUGAGAAUGCUUUGUGAGCUGGACCAUUUCAAAGGGUUACCGACCUAUCAUUGUGCAUACACCAACAUAUUUGAUUUUUCUGAUUACUUCUGGACUCACGCUGCACCUGCUUUUCUCCACUAGUCUCUGAUUUCAUGCUGCACUCCCUUGUUACUUUUGCCAGUUUUUUAACGUCAUCUCAACGUUUACCUCGAAUUUUUAUAUGCACAUCUGGUGUACUGUAAUAACAUCAUAUAGUCUCUCUGCUUUGCCCCCAUUCUCAGUGUAUUUUGCCAUUCUGCCAUAACGUUCUACCUCCGAUCCUCCGCAUACAUGUUGCCGUGAGCUCACUGUAGUAGGCUAAAAUGCCUUUCUAAUCCGCUACCGUUUCCCACUUGUCUAUCAUACGUUACCGUACCUGUCAAUUCGUUCCCGCUCCAGUAGCGUGCCACGUCCUGGCUGGCUGGUCUUUCGUCUUUUAUGUGCCUUUUACCAUGGUGACCAAAUAUCCCCUCCAUGUUCACAUCUACCUUACCGUCCACUUUCAUGGACUCUCCCCCUAGUUUCCUGAAGAGCCAUGUUGUCCCAUGCACCUCGGGAUCAAGUGUUAUUUAUCUUGUUCACGGGCUUAUUAAUGGAGCCAUUUGCUUUCGACAUGCUUUCUUCCCAACAGCUCAUCCAUUGUUGCAUCCAAUUUUGUAAAACACUCGUUCGUCAUUCCUUGCUGCCGCUUAGAUGAGAUGAAUUUGCUCAGCUCUUAACCACCCUGUACUUGUGCUCCAACGUUUCAUUAUCUCGAUGCAUGCUAUCCUUUGAGAUUUUGUUUCACCGGCAGAAUGACAUACGCCCCUUUCGCGAUUGCUUUCCUUUUGCUUAUUCAAUUGUCGAGUAGUGCAUCGCGUUCACAUUCUGGAAAUUCUUUUUAUGCCGAAUUCGGACAAAAUGCUUGCAAGUUGUCAUCAGGAGUACUGCGGCACACAGUACCGAAGCUUCGCUGCGGUGCUACUACCACCAGCCGCGCGUGGGCUUAGGAUACAGCCACAGUCACCCGGUCCCCUACGCAGGCUCGAACCCGCGACCUCAGGCUUGUUCUCCUUAAGACCACGGGCCGACGACAUAUUAAUGUGGCUCUUAUUCUCCUCCGAACACCGUGAGCACUGCUCUUGGAUUUAAAAUAGACAUACAAGAGCCAUCAUAUCAUGCUGCGUAUCGCACAAGUUCAAGUUUACUAGCAGCGGACAUUUGACUGUUCAAAAUGCAGGCAAUGUGUUUGUGACAUCACAAUCCUUUUAUAACGCCUUUCAAAAUGGUAUCGAUGGCGCCUGACAAAGGCUAUAUGAACACCUGCCUGACGCUCUUUUUGACCUCCAGGUCUUUUCCUUUCAUCUUCUUGUUUCGGACAUCUGUCGUGUGUUUGUAAUUAUCGCUGGUGCAUUGACAGGUUGAAAACUAGCAUGUAAUUCGGAUUACUUUGUGUCGCUUACAUACGAAAAUGGUGUUCAGCACCCUUUAAAUCCUUUAUGCGAUAACAUGGAAUUAUCGUACUGU